UUGCUAGUUAAACUGGCUGAUCAAGUUCGAUUUUUAGAACCAUGAGUUCAAGGCCGACGACGAUGGAGACUGCAACGCCAACAGCUCCAAGCAGACCUUCGAGAGGUGAUGACGGCAACCCCGCUGGCUAUCAUCUGAAGUUUGAAGGUGGCUGCAAGCCUGCAACCUUCUUGUCUUUGACAGGGUUUAGCCAUUUGUGAAUUGAGAGAGAAAUUUUUGGGUUUUUUCAGUAAUUCAAAAAAACCAGCCCAAUUUAAUUAGUUGUCCGGUUCGGUUUUCAGAAUAAAACUUACGUAAAAAUCUCAACUAACUUAACAAUUGAUGGUUUUAUACCACCACAAAAGAGGCAGAGAAGAAUCAGAAGUUCAGAACACAACUUAGCAGAGAAUGGCAUCCUUUGAAGAUGAGGAGGAUAUUGACAUGGGACUUGCUGAUGAUAUUGCUUUUAGUUCAGAUGGUGAGGGGAAGGAAGAGCAAGGAAGUGAUAAUAACAAAAACAAUGAUUUAAUUAGUGUCCAAACUUCAACUGAUGAUAAAGAAAGAGAGAAAGAGAGUGAAAAAUUAUCAGAUGAGAAAAUGAAAAAACCACAGAUGACAAAGUAUGAAAGGGCAAAGAUUUUGGGAACAAGGGCUCUUCAGAUAAGCAUGGAUGCACCUGUAAUGGUACCUUUGAAUGGUGAAACGGAUCCACUUGAGAUUGCAAUAAAGGAGCUUCGCGAGGGGGUCUUACCCUUCACUAUCCGAAGGCAAUUUCCUGAUGGAUCGUACAAAGAGUGGAAUGUUUCUGAUAUGAUAGAUCCUUACGCUUGAGGUAUAAGAGGAAGAUAUAUAUCUUGAUGGAAAUUUUUUUAUUCAUAAAGUUAAUUAACUUAUGCUUAAUAUAUGUUAGCACACAUAACUUGUUUCUACCUGCUGGCUAUUUAGCAUUCAAAUAAUGGCAUUUUUACACUUGUCUCUUUAGCCAAACUAUUUUACCAUUUUUUUUAGGUUUUUUAUUGAUAUGUGCCUCGGAUGAGACUUGAUACAUGAUUAGAUAUUGAAUUUUUCUUCCAUCUCUAGAGAAUUCGAAUUGGAA